CAGAGGCACAUGGCGCAGGGUGGCGGUGUAGGCAGCAGCAAUGGAAGGCCAUACAGCACCCUAUCACAAAAUGGAACCCACCAACAGUGUAAGGAGACCUGAAAGUGGCACAUGGCAGAGUCUGGCGAUGAAGUCAGCAGCAAUGGGAGGCCGUACAGGGACCCAUGACACACUCUGGACCUGGCAGCAGCAAGAGGAGGCGGUACAGGGGCCCAUGGCAGAUAUGGACCUGGCAGCAGCGGUGGCGGUGGAGGCAGCAGUAUUCGGAAGCCAUACACAGGCCUAGGUUAAAAAGCGGAAGCCGUCAGCAGCGUGAGCAGACGACAGAGGCACAU